AUGCCCAUCAUUAUUCAAGAUGACACUUACAGAGACGUGAGCAAUUGGCGUUCAUUACCAAAAAAAAUUUUGCCCAAGUUUGGAGUUGAGGACGUUAUAAAUGUUAGUGGCCAUUCAGAAUCAAAAACAUUUCUCCUAAUGGUUGAAUCUGAUGAAAGUAUAGCUGCUAUCAAAGCAUACAUUCAAGAAGAAAAGGGAAUUUCUUUUAAUAAACAGAAGCUGUUGAAUGAGGAGGGUGGAGUUCUACGAGAUACACAGACUCUUCUUUCUGUGGGAAUCAAGAAAGGUUCUAUCCUAGUCCUUCGAUAUGCACUAAUUACCCAAAUCUCUGUAAAAACGCCUACUGGACAUACUAUAAAGGUAAUGGUAGAGAGUGAUGACACAAUUGCAGAUGUUAAGGCCGCCAUUCAAGAAAAGGAAGGUUUUCGAUUUCAUAAACAAUUGAUAUUCUUUGAUGGAAAACGCCUUGCUGAUCAUCAGCGCCUCGGAAUUAAGAAUGACGAUGUACUGGAUCAUUUAUUACACAUAUGUGGUUGUUGA